GAUAAUAGUUGCAUGGUUAGAAACUAUCCUUCCCAGAAACAACAAGUAAGAACUCUGGGCAUUGUUUAUGACCAAAGUGCAAUGUUCUGGAGUAUGUAUUAACAAAGUCUCGAGACCUUCCAUACAAAUGAGCUUGUAUCAUCUUUAAUUCCAUAUAGCAGUCAUGGCCGUACGUAGGAUAAGCCCUCUUGGACGCCGCAUUUUCUUCAUAUUUUCAUUCAUCACUCUUACAUUAAUUUAUCUUUACAACUUCUCAAAGCCUCACUAUAUCCAAAUUCCCAACUAUGCGCCCCUCAGAAAAACCAACCACACGUCAAAAGUCGCAAUCGUUACAUUCCUAUCCGGUGGCGAAGAUCCAUCCUCGCCCCCAGAAGACGACUUUUAUUUUCAAGCCGUCAGAACACUGACGUAUCAGCUCUUGCACGAUCCUCAAACACGGUCAAAGAGAACUGAUGUCCCCUUUCUUGUCCUCUGCACCCAAAGCGUUGCCACUUCAAAAAUCAGACGUUUAGAACUUGACGGCGCAACAGUGAAAGUUGUACCCGAUGUGCCCGUUUCCUUCUGGAUAUCGACAGGAGUCACACGAUGGAAAGAUCAGUUCACCAAACUGAGGAUAUUCGAGAUGGUAGAUUACGAGCGGAUUUUGUUCAUCGACGCUGACACAUUGAUUGUGGAGCCACUGGAUGGGAUUUUCGACGAAGUGAUGAUACGAAAUCCCAUGACUUCACUGCUACAUAGGACCAAAGAGGUAAAGCACGACGAAAAACCAAUACCCAGCAACUAUACCUUCGCCGCCCGCAGCGACAAUGCCUUCUCUGGAGAAAGAAACCACCCUUUUCCUCCACCCCCGACGGACAGCUUCUCAGCUGGAUUCUGGAUUACAGCACCUAGUAAGGAGAUGUUUGACUACUUAAUGAGUGUGAUGGGACAUUGGAGGAGAUUCAAUCCGCAUACAAUGGAGCAGAGUUUGUUGAAUUAUGCGUUUCGAAGGGAGGGACCAAUGCCGUGGUUCGAAUUGGGGUGUGAGUGGAGUGCUACGUGGCCGAACUUGAAGGAUUGGGAGGCAGGUGUGAAGAGCUUGCAUGAGAAAUGGGAUCGUACGGGACCGAAGGAGAUGAGAGAGAAAUGGUCGAAAGUGAAGAGUGAGAUGGAAGUUUUUCAACAGAGACUUCAGCAGUGAUAUUGAAUAAUAGGCCGUUUGAAUCA